UGCACGACGACGCUGGAUUGGAUGAAGAGCAAAGGUCACACGGGGGUCGUCAGGUGCCUGCAGGCAGACAGCUGGCGAAUUCUGAGCGCCGCCGACGAUCGAACGAUCAAGGUGUGGAACCUUGAGACGGGCGAGCGUCUCGUCACGCUGCGCAAUCACACGGACGGGGUCACCUGCCUCCAGUUCAACAACUACAUGAUCGUGUCCGGCUCCUACGACAAGACCGUGAAACUCUGGGACUUCAGCUGCGCCGACGCCACCUAACGGCCGCCGUAGCCGCUGCCGGCGCCCCCUAUCAGCGCAAUUUGUUCCACGAUAAGACAGUGAAACUCUGGGAUUUAAGCUGCGUAGGCGCCACCUAACGGCCGCCGUAGCCGCCGCCGGCGCCCCCUGUCAGUGCGAUUGUCAUCGGCGAAGAAGGCGUGACUGUGAAGAUGUCGAUAUUUUGAACUGUGUAGACGCCAUCUGGCGGCCGCCGCCAGCGCUUCCUGCCUGCGCGACAAUGGCUAAAUCGUCGAGACGUGCCCGCAGGACAAACCCGGUGGCCUGACGAUGCAUGGGGGAGCCGAAUUCACAGCAACUAGCAGCUGUGAUGUGUUGUAGGCGAGUAGGCAGCAGUGGGUGGGAUUAGUGUAGAGGAAGGCAGACGCGCGUGGUUACCGUGGCGACGGCGAUGUUUAUCAUACUGCGUGUGAGCGUAGAGGAAGGUAUAAUAUCAGGAGUGUCAUAAUAUAGACA